AUGGUGCGGGGAGAGUGCGGACCAGAUGCCAGAACUGGGGAUGGGCGCAAGGGCUGGUACCAGYGUGGCGCGGGGCCCGCGGCGGGGCCGCAGCCGGGGGCUGACGAGAUCGACAUGUCCCUCGACGAUAUCAUAAAGCGCCACAAGAAGGAGCAGAGCGGGGCCCAGGCGUCCGGGAACCGGCGAAGGCAGCAGGUGAAGAACCCGAAUUGGGUGUCUGGGUAUGGGCGGCCCCGCUUCCGCGCCUGGAUGCAGAGGAAUUUACCAGGACCUACCCGCUUCAGGAGAGGCUUUGGACAACAGCAGUACAAUAGGAGGCAAUUCCGGAACGCCRUGCCCGGUCCCAGGAGAAGAGCAGCUGCUGCAUUAAAUGGAGUGAGCCCUUUAAAUCGCCAGGCAUCCGCACAAGAGGGCAGCAAGAGUGACGAUGGUUUUGCCCAAAGGGGCCGCGUGGGGCAGCUGGGGACGCAGAGACGGGCACCGCCGGGCGCCAAGCGCUUCCGAGCAGCGGCUGCCGCCGGCCAAGCCACGGGGAGAAGCCGGCCCUUUGUGCUGAACCGGAGACCAGCCUUCCAGCAGAGACAGAUGCCGCAGCGCUCCUCCAAGGGCAGCUUCCAGCGAGCGCAGGCGGAUGCAGUUGGAGAAGGAAAACAACCAAGGCUGAGAAGGUGGCAAGUGAAGCCCAGCCCCGGAGCAGUCCUCACGGUUUCUGUGGCAAAUCCUCAGGCGAGCCAGGCUAGUGGGCCCGGAUCCAAGCGGCCCUUCCUGCGGAGCCCACGGCCGCCUCCACGGCUGCCCAAGCCGCAGCCCAAGGGAGUGAUGCUGAGGUUCAACUUCCGCGCCAUGGCCAACCAGACCAGCCUGACGCUGGACGAGAGGUUCUCGGGUCUGCGGAAUAAGCGGCGCUUUGCAGCAGCAAGGAGCGCGGGCCGGACGGUCACCAUGCCGUAGCCCCGYGCGCCCGUCCCGGGGCUGCUCGUCYCCCCGGGGCCCCGUAACGCGCAGCUCAAUAAAACCCAGUAGGUUUCCUCCUUCGAGAUAGCUGCUUUGGCGAAGCGCCGUCUCCUUCCUUACACCCUGAGCAAGCAAGCAAGCGUGGCAGCAAGGGUGCAGGAGGGGACACAAGUGGAGCCCGCUUUGCUGCAUGGCCCCUCCUGCAAGAGGAAGAGGGGUCCAGCCCCAGGACGUGCCCCAGGUUUGCAUUACGGGCACGUGGAACAGAUACCACCACCGAGSAGGAUACCUGCUCCUCAUAUCCAUCUUUCUAGUGCUGCAACCUGGCCACACAAGGGUUUUCCAAUGGGCUGGAUCUCACAGUUUUCUAGCUCAUCCCUGCAGCAGCCGGGGAUCUCUGCACUGUUUCCCACCCCCCGUGACCACCUGGGACACAGCCUGGUGCUGCACCCUCAGCUGGCACCAGAACGGUCCAUGUUUGAUAGAGCGCUUUACAUUUUACACCGAGUGUCCUUAGGCUGGGCUUGGAGUGGGGAAAUUAUAGGAAGUGGUGAAAUGUGAUUAGUUUUUCUGAGCAGUCUUGUA